AUGAAUUUGAACAAGCUUGUUGGGAAACGCAUUUUUCCUAAUGCAAGGUUCCCACUAUCUGAAGUGCAUAACAAGGACGUAUGCAAGUUGGCUGUGGGGUCAGAUUUGGUGAGAUCAAAGUUUCUAAAUGACCUGAAGCUUGACAAAGUCCCAUCAGAUAGCUUGGUGGUCAAUCUUCUGGAAAAGGACACUGGUGCAACUGUUGGAUACAGGAGUUGUGGUUGUUGA